GACGAACAUGAAUUUCACCUUCCCUCUUGUAAACAGACUUGAGUGCAGUAGUACUAUGAUGGUGCUUUUUGACACUUCUCAUAUAUUAUGGAGUUGCGGUAGGUAUCCGACACAUAUACAUGUUUUGUGACAUAGCCCCCGUUUGAUCUUCCGCAGUGACAACUGCGCGCUGCGCAUCGUAGCAUCUUUAAAACACAUGGCACAUAUGAUUCGUGAAAACGCGCUGUGCAAAUUUCUAAUAGUCUCUGCUCUGCGUAGCGUUGGCUUACAAAAAUGAUUAUAGAGAAGGAUGACCUUCGCAAGCAGCCAACUUCCGCUAUGAGUGAAGGGUCCCCACCCCCUUACCGGGACCGUGAAAAUAACGAUAAUGCGUCACUGUCUGCCCUGUCAUAUUCAAGUUCUGAUCACGGACCUCGUAAAAUGCCACCCGCACCACCGUACCCUGAAUCCGCCAAUGUCCAGACCAUAAGCAAGAUAUCAAUUCAUAAACGUCGCCAACCAAUAUCCGGAACAUAUUGUAUCAGCUCCGAUGUUCCAGGAGAUGACAAGGCGCUUUCUCAGGGUGGCAUGGGCAAUGGAUUUAGCAAGAAGCUGGGGCCAAGGCUCAACUGGUUUACAACCCCAGAUGCUUCUUUUAGAACCCGAUACGGCGCGAUUUAUCUGGAUUUAUCAACAGGACCUUCUACGCAUGAUGUUAGGUCUACAGUCAACGUGAACAACCGCCUUGGCAACGUAGCGAUUGACGUCUCAUAUAUAGAUCCUACCAACCACUUGAACCUCGAUGCUUACUCUCGGAGAGGGAAUAUUACUGUUCUGCUUCCCAGGAAUUAUUGCGGUUCUGUUCAACUCUCUUGCAGUACAGGUGGAUAUACCAUCUUGCCGGAAGUAGCGAAUGCAACGCGCAUCAUGCAAGGCAACGGGGGCAAGGUGUUCAUUCAUAUUGGAAAGAACAGCUAUUUAGGAUCUGACAAUGGUUCUACAAUGGAUCAUUGUCGACUGUCGGCGAAAUUCGGACGAAUUACGCUAGGAUUUAGUGGCAGCAGUGCCGAUGGGUGUACGCAUAAAGCAGACAAUCUGUGGCAGAGGAUGGGUUCUUAUCUAAGGGCUGGGUCUGAGCGUGCUGGGCCUAGAUAAACUGUGAGUUAAUUUUUGUGAAGCGGGGGCCUAGAUUGGUAUAUUUCGCGAGGUUCUGGGGAUGACCCGCGUGAGAGGACACGCUGGAGGUCGAAUCUUGAGUAUGUAUAGUAAACGUGUAGUACACAAUCACGAUGUAGAACUGAGAUAACUUUUCUGAUUCAGAUGCUUUUGG